AUGAGAAAAUCUGUAAUUUUCUUCUUAAUCUCUGUCAAUUUCGUAAAUUCGGUUUAUAAAUCGAAACAGCAGCCGAAUUUGUUAAAAAAGACUGUAGACAAUAGUGUGACUUGCGAUUUCUCAAUUCAUAAACAGGGACCAAAUGGAGCCCGAGUUUCUGGUAAGAGGCUCUACAAUUUUUCUGGAAUCAAAAUUAAAAAUAUAUAUUCAGGAGCGAGUUUGGACGAUGAAAUAUACUACAAAAUCCGAUGUAAGCAAAUUCCUGGAAAUUGUCUGCAAGUCGUAAACUGCACAUUGAGCUCAGACGAACCUGGUUUCCAACCGUAUGCAAUUAUUGAUGACAAUGGAUGUAGCUUGGAAGAGUCCCUUUUCAAAAACGUCCAGGUACAGUGCACACACGGGAAUCAGCUCAUUCUCGAAUAAUGGUAAUAAUUAAUUUCCAGUAUCCCACCAAUUUCGAAGCUGGAAUUUUUAAUCCGUUCCCAAUCCGUUUCCGAGCUUCUUCAUCAGCCGUCGUUUUGUUUUGUGUUACAACAGUUGUUCCGAUUGAGGCGGGAAAGUGUACACGACGAAUUUGUCAAUGA